AUGACUCCAAUUGAGAUGGAUACUACUCAAAAUGAUAUGCAAGUUACUCCUACUGAUGUUGAAUCCAGUAGUGCAGGGGAUUUUAGUUAUUCUAUGCAAUUUAUUCCACCUAGAAGUUAUAAAGGUGAUGAGGGUGUUGUGGGUGAGGAAGUUGAUGUGGUUGUGGAAGUUGUUCAAGAUGAGGAGGCUGAGGAGGUUGAUCCUGUUAUCCAAGUUAAUAAUGUUAAUGUUCAGGAGGUUGAUGAGGUUAAUCCUAAUGCCCAAGUUGAUAAUGUUAAUGUUCAGGAGGUUGCUCCUAUUAUCCAGGUUCAGCAGGUAAGGGUUAGGCCAAUUUCAGAGAUUUUGGUUAGGAUAAGGAGAAGAAAGUCAGAGAGAAUAUUGAAGCUGAAAUUAGGCAAAACAAUUGGUGGUGUUGAUGAUCCAAGAAAUUUGAAGGGAAAGGCUCUUGUAAUUGAUUAG